AUGCGUUACCCGGCUAUCUUCCAGGUUGCUGCACUCGCCAGUCUCAGCAGUGCUGCCAGUGGCCACCGCGUCCCUCACGAUAAUAAAUUGCACAGCCGUUUGACCUCCAAUAGCAGAAGCUACUCCUUGACCGACAACUACCCGACUGGCAUGGACUUCUUCUCCAGAUUCUCCUUCUACACCGACAAUGAUCCCACCGCUGGCUAUGUCGACUACGUGAACCAGAACACCGCCACCAGCGCCGGUCUGAUUGCUGCCAAGGGCAAUGGCAUCUACAUUGGUGUUGAUAGCACGAAUAUUGCUUCUGGAAGGGGCCGUCGGAGCGUUCGUCUCACGUCUCAUGCCACCUACAACGGCGGCCUUUUUGUUCUAGACCUGGCCCACAUGCCUGGUUCAAACUGUGGCUCCUGGCCUGCCUUCUGGACCUUCAACUCUAACUGGCCCUGGCAGGGUGAAAUCGAUAUUAUCGAGGGUGUUAAUAAGCAGUCCGGCGAUGCCAUGACCUUACACUCCGGCGAUGGCUGCUCCAUUAAGAGUGGCGGCUUUACAGGGUCAGUUUCUGCUAGAAACUGCUAUGCCUAUGCUUCUAGCCAACCCAAUAACGCCGGUUGUGGUAUUGACUCCUCUGACCCUACCUCCUACGGAGACGGGUUUAACGCCAACGGUGGCGGUGUCUAUGCAAUGGAAUGGACCGAUGAGUUUAUACAGAUCUUCUUCUUCGACCACGCCAACGUCCCUUAUGAUCUUGCCAGCGGUGAUCCUAACCCCGCCAGCUGGGGACAGCCUGCCGCUCGCUUCAUGGGUGACUGUGACAUCAACUCUCACUUCCAAAACCACAACCUUGUUUUUGACAUCACCUUCUGUGGUUCUUGGGCCGGUUCUGUUUGGGGCUCUGGAUCUUGCUCCAGCUUGUCGGGCUCUUGCCAAGACUAUGUCCAGAACAACCCUUCCGCGUUCCAGUCUUCGUUCUGGCAGGUGAACUCCCUUAAGGUGUAUACGCACUCUUAA